AGUUGCUGAGUGUGCACAUCUUUUCAGAGCACGUACCCACACCCUUACACACCCCCUGCUCUGGGGCUCUGUUCUCAGGCCGGCCCAUGGAGCUCCCCCUGGCCCAGAUACGCCCCCAAGGAAGCGGCCGAGCCCCUGCCCCUACCUUCAGCACCUUCCAGCCCGUGGAACUACCCUGCAGGACCUGCCAGGACGUGGGCCUGCUUCAGGGGCCCAGACUCCAGGCCCUGAAGGCUGAGGAGGCCCAGCCCAGCCCCAGGGUCGAAGUUGUCCAUGCUGCGGCAGGUGGGAACUCGGCUGGCACAGCGUCCUCCUCGGCUCCCAUCCCCCCACCGGCAUCUCCUCAACUCCCAGGGGCUGCCUCCGGCCCAGAGGAUGCUGGGAAGGCCGAGGAGGGGCUUGAGGAAGGAGGCCAGUCCCUGCAGGCCGAGACCCGGGCUUGGUUCCAGAAGACCCAGGCCCACUGGCUUCUGCAGCAUGGGGCAGCCCCUGCCUGGUUCCAUGGCUUCAUCACCCGGAGGGAGGCCGAGAGGCUGCUGGAGCCCAAGCCUGAGGGAUGCUACUUGGUGCGGUUCAGCGAGAGCGCUGUGACCUUCGUGCUGACCUACAGGAGCCGGACUCGCUGCCGCCACUUCCUGCUGGCCCAGCUCCGGGACGGGCGCCACGUGGUGCUGGGCGAGCACAGCGCCCACGCGCGGCUGCAGGACCUGCUGCGACACUACACGGCGUGCCCGCUCGGCCCCUACGGGGAGACGCUCACCGAGCCCCUCGUCCGCCAGACGCCUGAGCCUGCAGGACUUUCCCUGAGCACUGAAAUGUCAGACUCUGGAAACAAGGACCCACACCCUCACUAUAGCCGGACCGUCAAGAAGUCGCAGAACGUGACCCCCACGCCGAAGGAGGGGCCCGGGGAACAGAAGGAGCCGCCCAGGCCCAAGCCUCCCGUGCCCGCCAAGCCUCAGCUGCCCCCCGAAGUCUACGCGAGCCCGGCCCCGAGGCCGCGCCCGGCCCCGCCCCCCAAGCCCUCCAACCCCAUCUACCAGGAGCCUGACGAACCCAUCGCCUUCUAUGCCAUGGGGCGGGGCAGCCCCGGGGAAGCCCCCAGCAACGUCUACGCCGAGGUGGAGGUGCUGCCGGGCGCUGGGGGCCAGCCCUGCGGCCUCGGGCACCUGGCCCUGCGCAGGUGCAGGUCCAGGCCCGUCGCGGGAGGCCAGAAUUCAGGUGGCCGGCAACCACACUCUGAGAACUCUGUGCCUGGACAAGGCCCUCCCAUGCCCCACCAGCCCCUGCCCAGCUGGGGGCACACCCUCCCUCACAAGCUUUCUAGACAGAGGACAGAAGACAAAGGACAGGCGUGGCUUCCCCUGGGGCCUCCUCAGGAACCCGGUGAGUCUGAGCUGGGGGAGGAUAGCCCAGGAUACCGGGUCCGCAGACCUUUGCACACCAGGCACCCUUCUCAGGAAAUGUGUGUGGAACAAACCGUAGGCAAUCAGAGCUAGCACGGACCCCGGCCGUCACCUGUUGCGAAGAUAGCGCAAAGGUGUCAUCUUGCAUGCCAACUGCCAUCCAUUGGUCGUGGCUGCCUGGAGCACUGCUCUGGGAAGGAUGCUCGGUCAUCUCCGCACUCAGCAGAAAAGAGCACCAUGAUUGAUUAGUGAUGUCUGCUGUGGGCAGGGAGGCAAAAGGAGCAGUGUCUCCCAUGCCCUUACUGAUCCAGGCCAAGUCCCUGGCGGUGCAGAUAAGGAGACAAAGCCAGAGAGGGGUAGUGACUCGGCCAAAGCCAAGGACUAGAACCCAGGCUUCGUCGUUCCCGUGUGGCACUCUCUUACCCCGCAUCCUCCUCUCCACAGGAAAUGUCAGAGAUUUCCUCAGAUAGGCAAUCUGGCUACUUUCCAGAGUUCCACCGCACGGAGGUCUGGGUGCCGUUUCCCUCCUCCAGAUCCCAGCUUAGCCCUGUUUCCUGGACAGAUCUGGCCCCUCUCCCCGAAAGAAGCCUGGAGUUCGAGGAGCAAAGGUGGACUCGGCUCCCUUUUAGGGACACACGCACUGGUUCCGUCCCGGGAGUCCCCGAGAAUCCGGGGGCUCAGUGAUCCAAGGGCCUCUGAGGAAGUGUGCUAGGACAGCCCUGCUGCCUCCUACUGCCCUGGCUUCUCCUCCCAGAGUCUGAUUUCCUUGGCCCUCUUGAGCCUUUGGGUCUGGGCCCUGGUCCAAUGCUGCUGUUGUCUGAGGAAGGGUUUGGCGAGAACAGAUGUUAGAACUUGUUUGUUGAUUCUUGUCUGGCUAAUAAAUCAUCGCCAACCACCUCUCCCCACAGGGAUCCAAGUAUUCCAGCCUCCUUCUGUCUGUC